ACACGGGGGGUGCGCCGGGCUGCACAUGGGCCCCUCGGGGAAGCGAGGCCUGCGGGCGAGCCCUUCUGAGGGCAGGGGGUGAGGGGGCGGCGCCCGCCAGCCAGGACAGCAUCCUGCCGCCGUGACAAGCACGCCUCCGGUUGCCAAAGCAACCCAAAAAUGUGCCUCAAAACACGUUCGCAAAGCCCCGGGCCGGCCGGUCGCCUGCCUCUCACCUAGCCCGAUAGCCCGACGUCCUACUGGCGCGCGAGGGCGAGCAAGCCAAUGUGCCUAGCCUCCUUUCCCCGAUCCUCCCGCCCCGCCUUCCCGCUUCUCCCGCCCCCGGAUAGCUCAGCAGCCUCCAUUUUCCAGAUCUUUCUCGAACCCGCAGCUCCUUGGGCAGCCGUUGCCCGAGUGCUGACGGAAGCGGCCGAAGUCCGGGCCCGGAGCUGGCUCGGGCGCGGAGCGGAGGCUCGCGCGCCUCCCGGGCAGCCGAGCGCGCAGGCGCAGGUCCCAGUAACCGCCGGUUGGAGGCGGCCGAACUGCAGUAGGGAAAGACCCAGGCUGCGGGACGCGGUGCAGGCUGCGGCGCUGACGGCCUCUGCUCCUUCCGCGGGUUUCCGACUCCCUGCCCUAGAUUUUCUGCUUAGCGACUUGGGGUCCCCUCUCGUUUGCUUCUGGUAGGAGUCGCAAUCCCAGCAGCAAUAGCCCAGAAGAGGACACGGUUCCCGUACCGAAGGGUUCAGUACCAGCAGCCCGACCAUCACGCGGCGGGAUGUCUGUGGUUGGCAUUGACCUCGGCUUUCUCAACUGCUACAUUGCUGUCGCGAGGAGUGGCGGCAUCGAGACCAUCGCCAAUGAGUACAGCGACAGGUGUACCCCGGCCUGUAUAUCAUUGGGAUCAAGAACUCGAGCCAUUGGAAAUGCAGCAAAGAGCCAGAUAGUCACGAACGUAAGAAAUACAAUUCAUGGCUUCAAAAAGCUUCAUGGGCGAUCAUUUGAUGAUCCCAUUGUGCAAACUGAAAGGAUCAGGCUUCCCUAUGAGCUGCAGAAGAUGCCUAAUGGAAGUGCAGGAGUUAAGGUGCGGUACUUAGAGGAAGAGAGACCUUUUGCAAUUGAGCAAGUUACUGGAAUGCUGUUAGCCAAGCUUAAAGAGACUUCAGAAAAUGCUUUGAAGAAACCAGUGGCUGACUGUGUGAUUUCAAUUCCUAGCUUUUUCACUGAUGCUGAGAGAAGAUCUGUGAUGGCUGCAGCCCAGGUUGCAGGCUUAAAUUGUUUAAGGUUGAUGAAUGAAACUACUGCAGUUGCACUGGCGUAUGGAAUUUAUAAACAGGAUCUUCCCCCAUUAGAUGAGAAACCAAGAAAUGUAGUAUUUAUUGAUGUGGGACAUUCUGCCUAUCAGGUCUCGGUUUGUGCUUUUAACAAAGGAAAACUUAAAGUCUUGGCUACUACCUUUGAUCCAUAUUUGGGUGGCAGGAACUUUGAUGAGGCUUUAGUAGACUACUUCUGUGAUGAGUUCAAGACCAAAUAUAAGAUAAAUGUGAAAGAAAACUCUCGGGCCUUGUUGCGUUUAUAUCAGGAAUGUGAAAAACUAAAGAAGCUAAUGAGUGCAAAUGCAUCAGAUCUUCCAUUGAACAUUGAGUGUUUCAUGAAUGACCUUGAUGUUUCUAGUAAAAUGAACAGGGCUCAAUUCGAACAACUGUGUGCUUCCCUUUUGGCCAGGGUUGAACCACCUUUAAAAGCAGUAAUGGAACAAGCUAACUUACAACGUGAAGACAUUAGUAGUAUAGAAAUUGUAGGAGGAGCAACACGAAUUCCUGCAGUGAAAGAACAAAUCACUAAAUUCUUUCUUAAAGACAUAAGUACCACAUUAAAUGCUGAUGAAGCUGUUGCAAGAGGAUGUGCAUUGCAGUGUGCGAUUCUCUCACCAGCAUUUAAAGUGCGUGAAUUUUCCAUAACAGACCUUGUUCCCUAUUCAAUCACAUUAAGGUGGAAGACCUCUUUUGAAGAUGGAAGUGGGGAAUGUGAAGUUUUCUGUAAGAACCAUCCUGCCCCAUUCUCAAAAGUCAUUACUUUCCACAAGAAGGAACCAUUUGAACUAGAAGCAUUUUAUACUAAUUUACAUGAAGUGCCUUAUCCUGAUGCAAGAAUUGGGAGCUUCACUAUUCAGAAUGUUUUUCCACAGUCUGAUGGUGAUAGUUCCAAAGUGAAGGUUAAAGUUCGUGUUAACAUCCAUGGAAUCUUCAGUGUGGCUAGCGCAUCAGUAAUUGAGAAGCAAAAUUUGGAAGGCGAUCACAGUGAUGCUCCAAUGGAGACAGAAACUUCAUUUAAAAAUGAAAACAAAGAUAAUAUGGAUAAAAUGCAGGUUGAUCAAGAAGAAGAAGGGCAUCAAAAGUGUCAUGCUGAACACACUCCAGAAGAGGAAAUUGAUCAUACAGGAGCCAAAACAAAGUCAGCUGUCUCAGACAAACAAGACCCAUUAAAUCAGACACUUAAAAAAGGAAAAAUCAAAAGUAUUGAUCUACCAAUCCAGAGUAGCCUAUGUAGACAACUGGGCCAAGAUCUUCUCAACAGCUACAUUGAAAAUGAGGGGAAGAUGAUUAUGCAAGAUAAGUUAGAGAAAGAAAGAAAUGAUGCUAAGAAUGCCGUUGAAGAAUAUGUAUAUGAUUUUAGAGACAGGCUGGGCACUGUCUAUGAAAAAUUCAUCACUCCAGAAGACUUGAGUAAACUGUCUGCAGUAUUGGAAGACACAGAAAAUUGGCUUUAUGAAGACGGAGAGGACCAACCUAAACAAGUUUAUGUGGAUAAGCUUCAAGAACUAAAGAAAUACGGCCAGCCUAUUCAAAUGAAGUACAUGGAGCAUGAAGAGAGACCAAAAGCCUUAAAUGACUUGGGAAAAAAGAUCCAACUUGUCAUGAAAGUGAUAGAAGCUUAUAGAAACAAGGAUGAAAGAUACGAUCAUCUGGAUCCUACUGAAAUGGAAAAGGUUGAAAAAUGUAUCAAUGAUGCCAUGAGUUGGCUGAAUAGUAAGAUGAAUGCACAGAACAAACUAAGUCUCACUCAAGAUCCUGUGGUAAAAGUUUCAGAAAUAGUAGCAAAGUCAAAGGAACUGGAUAAUUUCUGUAACCCCAUCAUUUACAAGCCCAAACCAAAAGCAGAAGUUCCUGAAGACAAACCAAAAGCUAAUAGUGAACACAAUGGCCCAAUGGAUGGACAGAGUGGAACUGAAACUAAAUCAGAUUCAACAAAAGACAGCUCACAGCAUACUAAAUCCUCUGGAGAGAUGGAAGUGGACUAAGUCUUAAUUUUACCUUCACAUUAAUUCAAACCGUGCAAGUAACCACGGGGUCCAUCUUUUACAUCUGGUACACACAACAGAUGCUCAAUUGUUCUUAACCACUUUUGUCAUUUGUUUUUUGGAGUAGUUUUGAAAAGUGUUUUAUAUUGAGUGCACUUCUGUUCAUUUCCAUUGCUGCUUAUAUGCAGCGUUAGCCGAAUUAGAUUUACAAGACAAUCUAAGCUUUCCGGAUAAUUUUAUGUAUCAAACAUACAGGAUUGAUACAUAGUUGGCAACAGUCUGCCUUAUUUAAAGCUUCUACUGGGAUAAACCUCAAUUCCUUUAUUCAGGAAAGGAUACUUUAUUGCAUUAUUGUUGCAGAAGCAUAGAUUUAAUUGCAUCUUUAUUUUGAAAAACAAAUGAAAAUUGAUGGGGUUUAAAGCUACGGAGGCACUGACCUUUUUCUAGUUAUUGUAUUGCUACAAUUUAAAUAUUAAAACAAAUAAGAGCUUUCUCAACAAAUUAGUCCAUCUCAUUGAUGUACCACAGAAAUCCAAAGCUUUGCUGUCAUCACAUAAAUGAAUUAAAUCACAUGUGAAAGGGAACACACCCAAUUUUAUGUUAAGGUGAAACCAGCAGUUUGCUUCUUUUAUUAGUAAUGUGGAUUGAUGUUUUCUCAGAGUAACUCGUUGUCUUUUCGCUUGCAAUUUUUGAUCUUGUCCUGAAGACUAGCUGCUGCUAAAACAAUGCUAGCCUAAAGAUAUAGGACUCUCUGACAAAAUGACUUUCAUGUUAAGGGGAAAUGCUGUUUAUCUACUCAGACAUGCAUCUGUGAUGUUCAUAGCCUUGUUUCAGUUAUAAUAGUUGUCUUGUUUUUUUCUUAAUUGAUUUUGUUAAUAAUACCUUAACACAGGGUAGGAAGAAGUGGCACAGUGUAUUGCAUUAUAUACAUUUAUCAUUGAUUUACCUAAUGUUACCUUGUAGAUUAAACACUAUUAAGUGGUAAUACUUGAAAAGGAGCACUUAUACCAUAAGUCUUAGGAAAUAAUGUUUGUAAUAAACUUAACUAUGUUACAUAUCAACAGGCAAAAAUGUAGAAUGUUACAUAGUGUUGUGUGAUUAAAUUAUAGUUCCUGCUGUUAACAUUACCUUUUGAAACCUUGGCUCCAGUUUUGGUGCUUCUUAUACAAAUUAAAUGCGAAAAGGGACUGUAAACUUAA